CCAACAUAACCCCACAACACUACAAAUGCACCCCAACCCUUACAGCCCCAUACUGGGUACCCCUCCCAUAGCAGCCCCAUGGGGGUAUGGAGUGUCCCCCCCAAAAAAAAACUCCACGGGGGUCCACAAAUACUUUCCCAUAACCCCAAAGGGUUCCAAGGCUACUCCCCCAUAACCCCCCAGGGGUCUUUGGGGUACCCCAUCCCCAACGUGGGUCCGUGCCCGCUGUUGGGCGCGUCCCGGUGCCCCCGCCCCCGGCUCCCCCCGCCCCUCCCCGCCCUCCAGCCGGUGUCGGCUCCGGGAAAGUUGCGGCGAACCCCGAGCGCUCCGAGAGCGGCACUGAAGCGGAGGCAGAACCGGGAGCGCCGGGGCAGCGGAGCACGGAGGCAGCGGGGCACGGCAGCACCGGAGCUUCGCGGCUGAGCAUCCCCGGGGCCAUGGAGGCACCGCGGAGCCUCCCGGGGCUGCAACCCGACCGCGACGCGCUGGACCCGGCUGGAGGAUGCCCGUCCCCCUUGGAGAUCAAAUCGGCCCCCAGCAAGAAGAUCUGGGUCAAACUGCGGGCUCUGCUCCGCUACAUGGUGAAGCAGCUGGAGACGGGAGAGGUGAACGUGGAGGAGCUGAAGAGGAACCUGGAGUACACAGCAUCACUGCUGGAGGCCGUCUACAUCGAUGAGACCAGGCAGAUGCUGGACACGGAGGAUGAGCUGCGGGAGAUGCGCUCGGACGCGGUGCCCUCGGAGGUGCGGGACUGGCUGGCUGCCACCUUCACCCAGCAGGCGCGUGCCAAAGGGCGGCGGGCGGAGGAGAAACCCAAAUUCCGCAGCAUUGUGCACGCAGUGCAGGCCGGCAUCUUCGUGGAGAGGAUGUUCCGCCGGACGUACACAGCUGUGGGGCCCAGCUACUCCACCUCUGUCCUCAACUGCCUGAAGAGCCUCGACCUGUGGUGCUUCGACGUCUUCGCUCUGAACCGCGUGACAGAGGAGCACUCCCUGCGCACCAUCGUCUACGAGCUCUUCACCCGACACAACCUCAACAGUCGCUUCAAGAUCCCCGCCAUGUUCCUCACCACGCUGUUGGAUGCCCUGGAGGUUGGCUACGGGAAGUAUCGCAACCCCUACCACAACCAGGCGCACGCUGCUGAUGUCACCCAGACUGUCCACUGCUUCCUGCUCCGCACUGGCAUGCUGCACUACCUGACGGAGAUUGAGGUCCUGGCCAUCAUCUUUGCUGCUGCCAUCCACGACUACGAGCACACGGGCACCACCAACAGCUUCCACAUCCAGACCAAGUCAGACUGUGCCAUCCUCUACAACGACCGCUCGGUGCUGGAGAACCACCACAUCAGCGCCGUCUUCCGCAUGAUGCAGGAUGAUGAGAUGAACAUCUUCGUCAACCUCACCAAGGAUGAAUUUGUGGAGCUGCGGGCUCUGGUCAUCGAGAUGGUCCUGGCCACCGACAUGUCCUGCCACUUCCAGCAGGUGAAAUCCAUGAAGACUGCACUGCAGCAGCUGGAGAGGAUCGACAAAUCCAAGGUGCUGUCGCUGCUGCUGCAUGCGGCCGACAUCAGCCACCCCACCAAGCAGUGGGCAGUGCACAGCCGCUGGACCAAAGCGCUGAUGGAGGAGUUCUUCAGGCAGGGUGACAAGGAGGCUGAGCUGGGGCUGCCCUUCUCGCCCCUCUGCGACCGCACCUCCACGCUGGUGGCUCAGUCCCAGAUUGGUUUCAUUGAUUUCAUUGUGGAGCCCACCUUCUCUGUGCUGACCGACGUGGCAGAGAAGAUGGUGCUGCCCCAAAAUGAGGAUGGCUCCAAAGCCAAGGGCAACCCAGCGGGCGGCCAGCAGGCCAGCUCACAGUGGCGACAGACAUCCCUGGAUGAACACCUGGAGCUUGGGGACAUCAAGGCUGACCUGGCCAGCUUUCGUUCCACCUGGACCAAAUACAUCCAGGAGAACAAACAGAAAUGGAAGGAGAGGGCAGCCAGCGGCAUCACCAACCAAGUGUCCAUCGAGGAGCUGUCACCCUACGAGGAGGAGCCCCCCGUGCCCCCCACCCAGCACAAGCACAAUGGUGAGGUGGAAUAGCACAUGGCGAGGUCCUCAUCCAACCCAGUGAUGCCGUUCAGUCCAAAGUCUUUGAUGCCAUCGACUUCAGCACCAUUCGCAGGGAAGGAGCCGCCGGGGUCUGUGCCAAGAGCAUCUCUGAUGGCAGCGCCGGGUCCUGGGGGGCCGGGACCCCUGGGAUUCCCCCCCCAAUCCUGUGCCAAACCGUCCACCAAGCUGCGUGGUGCUGAUCCACGGGUGAUGGUGAUGCUGAGCCUCUCACUGCCGCGCCGGCGGGAUUUGUCCUUAUGGCUUUUUAGAAAUCUGCUUCUCGCCCCACAGGGGAUCCAGGUGUUGGGGAAGGGGGUGGCAGGGGUCUGAAGGAUGGAGGAGCUGUAAGGGGUUUGUUUUCACCUCAGGGGUCACUGUGGGCCCCCCUUUUUCUCGCUGGGUCUGUGCUCGCACUGCUGGGUGUCCCCAGGUGUCCCCCCUGUGCUGUCCCCAUCCCACCCCACCUGUGGGGAGAUGGCAGAUGCUGAAUCUGUUCCCAUAUGGAGCAUCUCUGGCAUGGGGUGGGUUCUGAGUUAUGGCUCUGUGCCACUCCUGGGUUGGGGACCCGGCCCCAGGGACACCCCAAGGCUGGGGAGCUGGGAAUUGGGGCCAGCUGAGGGGGGGCAAAGUUAGUACCCACAGUGGCCAUGAGGUUCUUCCAGCACCCCCAGUUCUGUGCCUCCAGCCCCUAUAGGUGCAAUGUGCUGCAUGCACUGCUGCCCCUGAUGGAUUUCCAGCCCCCUCCCCCGGCUCCAAAACACCCCCAGGAGACCCCACUCCCUCUGGCAUCCUGGCACCAGCGUGCUUCAGCAUCCUCCAGUGUCCCAAGCUCUGGCGUGCUCAAGCAUCCUCUGCAUCUGGGCUCCACUGUACUCGAGAAUCUCCAGCAUCCUGGGUCCAAUGUGCUCCAGAACCCCAAACUGAUGCCCUCCAAAACCUGAAUUGGAGUGCUCCAGCAUCUCCUGGCUCCGACGUGCUCAAGAAUCUCUAACAUCCUGGCUCCAACAUCCUCCAGAACCCCAAACUCGAGCUCUCCAGCACCCCCUGCACAGCGGUUCUGCCGAGCUCCAUUUUGCCCCAGCACCCCCACAUCUCCAGCAACCUGGAACAUCUUCCAGCUCCGUUGUCCUCCCCCUCCGUGGUGCCUGGAUCACCCCACGGCUCCGGCCCAGCACUGUACAUAACCCAGCACACAGCUGUGUGUCUUUGUACUUUUCUACCAUGCGGUCACGUCGUGCCUCCAUCACUGCUGGCACAGCUCCGCCUCGCGCCCGCCCGCACACGCAUGUGAAACCAAGAGCAGCUGCUAACGAGCAAUUAAUAAACCGUACGCCACCGCCAGCCCAAGCUCUGAGCCGUGAGGGGAGCUGCGCCGAAGGGUUGGAGGUUGGGGAUGCAAUGGGGGGUCCUGGGCUCUCCAUGCGCCCACCCGGUGCUGAGCAAGGAGGAGACGCUGCGGAAAGGAUCCGUUUAAUACCAGCGUGGGUGUGCUCAGCUCUGCGUGCACACGUGUGUUCACGCGUGUCCAUCUGUGCCCACGCGGCGGCGCGCAUGCGAAGCGCGUGUGUAAAGUGCGCGGAUGCGUUGCACGGGAGGGUGGGUGGGUGUGCAAAUGCUUGUGCACAAACCCACGUGCACAGCUGUGUGCGCAGUGCAGCACCGGUGUGCCAUCACCCCCCACCCUCCAACAAGGAGCUGUGCCCCCCAGGAUGAAGCGCGGGGGCACCAGGGGGGGGUCCUGGGGUCACUCCGGUGGUGGCAGUGGGGACACAGGG